AUGCUUUCUAGAGCAAAGCCCGCACUGAACGCUGGGCCGAAAGGGACAAACAUCGAAGUGCCCAAUCGACCCGCAAAAAAGGCAGUACCUUCAUUGGAAGAGUUUAUCGAAAAGCGAGACUUCACCGGCGCUAUCACACUUCUCGAGUUCAAUGCUGCUGCAGGAAAGGAAGACCCUGACGCACUGGCAUGGAUAGCAUACGCCGCUUUCCAUCUGAGCGACCAUAAGAAAGCUAUGGAGGUGAGUAAGAUGUAUCAGAAAGCGCUGGAGGCACCGAAAGUUGAUCCUGUCUUUCAUGUGUACCUGGCAUGUUGCUAUUUCUUUUUGGGGCUAUAUCGGGAAGCAGAUGAGGAAGCGCAAAAAGGCCCAUCAUGCAAACUACAAAACCGGCUUCUCUUUCAUCUGUCUCACAAGUUCAACGAUGAGAAGCGCUUGAUGGGGUAUCAUCAGAAUCUUCAAGAUGUCAUUGAAGAUCAGCUGAGCCUCGCAUCGAUACACUACCUUCGAAGUCACUAUCAAGAAGCAAUCGAUAUUUAUAAGCGCAUUCUGGUGGACAACCGCGAGUACCUCGCUAUCAACGUCUAUGUGGCCAUGUGUUACUACAAGCUCGACUACUACGAUGUCUCGCAGGAAGUGGUGUCGGUGUAUCUGCAACAUUUCCCUGACAGUGUAGUGGCAACCAACUUGAAAGCUUGCAACCACUUUCGACUUUACAAUGGAAAAGCUGCAGAGCAGGAGUUCAAGGUAAUGAUGGAGAAGAAUUCGCCACACUUUCAUUUCGCCGAGGACCUGAUCAAGCACAACUUGGUGGUGUUUCGUAACGGAGAAGGCGCGAUGCAAGUUUUCCCGCCGCUAUUGGACGUGAUUCCAGAAGCACGCUUGAACUUGGUCAUCUAUCACCUGCGGAACGAUGAUAUCGUGUCGGCUUUCAACCUGAUGAAGGAUGUCGAGCCAUCAACACCUCAAGAAUACAUUCUCAAAGGGAUCGUCAAUGCAGCGUUAGGACAGGAGCAGGAGUCAAGAGAGCAUCUGAAGAUUGCGCAACAGUACUUUCAGCUGGUCGGCGGGUCCGCGAGUGAAUGUGAUACGAUUCCUGGACGCCAGUGCAUGGCGUCAUGUUUCUUCCUCCUGAAGCAGUUUGACGAUGUCCUUAUAUACUUGAACUCGAUCAAGGGCUACUUUUACAACGACGACACGUUCAACUACAACUAUGCACAAGCGAAAGCUGCGACAGGGGCAUUCGAAGAGGCGGAGGAGGUCCUUCUCGCGCUUCAAAAUGAGAAAUUCAAGCAUGACUACGCGUAUCUCAGCCAUCUGGCACGCUGCUAUAUCAUGAACAAGAAGCCCAGGCUGGCUUGGGAGCUUUACCUCAAAAUGGAGACAUCGGGCGAGUCGUUCAGUCUUCUACAGCUGAUCGCAAAUGAUUGCUACAAGAUGCAACAGUAUUUCUACUCCGCAAAAGCCUUCGACGUGCUCGAACGCCUGGACCCAAAUCCAGAAUACUGGGACGGCAAACGCGGGGCAUGUAUCGGACUAUUCAAACAGAUUACUCAUGGAGAUGAGCCGAAAGAGAUGCUGCGGGAUGCCAUCACGAUGCUGAGGAAUACCGCGAAUCCCCAAGUGGAGUACAUCAUCAGGGUCAUGAAGAAGGUGCGGAUAUAG